UCAUGUGAGGCCGUGUCCUUGAGCUGGCCUGAGCUGGGCUGGGGUUACUUUAAGUUAGAGUGAGGUAUUCUAAGUAAAAUGGAGUUACUUUGGUUUUCUAAAACACAUCAAUUAUAUAUGAUCAAUCACAACACAAUUUUCUCUCGCAUCAAAUUAUAAUCAGCCCCAGCUGGAUGGCACAGCAAUUAAAGUCACACACAGUUAAUUUUUUAAAAUUAACUUAUUUGUUACAUUUCUAUACCGCCCCAAACUUACGUCUCUGACGUUUGGUGGGGGGGCACCCCUGGGCAGAUGUUGGCCUACAACUCCCAUAAUCCCUGGCUACUGGCCACACUGGCUGGGGAUUCUGGGAGUUGCAGUCCAAAAAUAGCUCGUGGGGGGGGGAGCCUAAGUUGAGCAGGCCUGCCCUAGGCACUCCACAUAGAGAAUAAUAGGCCGGUCCGAGUCCCCAUUAUCCCCUAUGUAGAAACUUCUGGAGCCCGUUGGAAGGUUCUAGAAGAGGCCAUUUUAGGUCCUGCCCCCCAUUUUGUUUUGGCUUGAUUUAAUUCCUCAGCUGAGCUCAUGCUCUCCUGAUUGGCCUCCGUCCUUCUCUCUGCUCCCUCCCAGGGGGCCAAAUGGAGUUUGUGGAGAGGAGGAGAAAUUAUCCAAUUAUUCUAUUCACAUUAUUUAUUUAUUUAUCCAUACACACACACACACACACACACACACACACACACACAAUAUUUUAACCUUCAGGGGUAGGCAGCUCUCUGGGGCUUCACCUCCCACUGUUGCGGGGAAAAGAUCCCUCUAGAAUCCAGCCUUCCUGUUUGAUUCAGCCACUUUGCUUUCAUCCGUCUAUCACUUGGAUAGAGAAUGGGGCGUCUUGCCAGAACCAAAGAGGAUUAGACUCAAUUCUCGCCAAUAUACUUGUUGUCUUAACUGAAUGAAGUCAAACAACAAGGGUACAUGCUCAAAGAAAGCGCUUUAUUUCAUGUCAUGAAAGGCACGAGUAUCAUCAGAGCGCAUCUGGAUGAUACUGCGCGCCGAGUUAUACAGCAGGUAAGUUCUUAUAGGUUUCAAACAUACAUGCAUAUCAAUAAAGCGAUUAAUACACGUCAUUAGUUAUCAAACUUACAUAUUCCAGAGGUGUCAUCUAGAGCCUGAGAAGAUGAUUAACUACCUGGCUUCUGACAACUUUAAGCCCUAUGGUAUCUUUUCACACCAGCCAGACCCUCUUUCAGCUGGCGAAGGAAUUCAACUAAUGGCCUGUGCUUGACCACUCCUGGUACCUGUUGCCUCGGUGGGCCCCUCAACCCACAUUCUUGGGAGGGGGGCUUCUUGCUCUUAACUCUGGCCUCCUGUUAGUUUCAUAUUCCAUUAGGGAUGUGAACCAAACUUUUGAGUUACACUUUAAUACAUACUUUUAUAUAUUUUUAUAUACUUAUUUGUAGGCCUGGAUUAAACAUUUCAUUAUCACCACUUUGGUGGCCAUCAUGAUGAUGUGUUUUAGAAAACCAAAGUAACUCCAUUUUACUUAGAAAACCUCAGUUUGACUUAAAGUAACCCCAGCUCAGCUCAGAGCCAUCACGGCCUCACAUGAUCAACGUCAUUAUCUCUCUCCACUAAAAUGUAUCUAAGGAAACUUGGUUCUCACAGGAUUCUCAUUGUUCUUUGCUGACAGUUAAGAAAACAGGAUGUAACCAAAUAAGGAGUGAUCACCAGAUGAACAAGGAAUCAUUCGCAUGCGUACUAGAUACUUAGUCCACCAUUUUGUUGCCAUGUCUAGGGUAUCAGCAUCAUUCAGAUUGUUUGUAUAAAUGUAAGAUGCACCUAUAACCAAUUUGUAUUCAGUUUGAGAGUGUAAGGCCCUCUGAUUACCUGUUGUAACUGCAGUGCAAUAACAUUUCCUCUAAUUGAUUCCCAUUGAGUCUGUUUGAUUGGCUAAAAAGCGGACCCAAGGACGAACCGGAAUUCACAUCAAUGAGGCCAGGCAGGGUGCAACCCCCCCCCCCCCCGGCAAGAUCUGCGCCUCAGGUAAGUGUCACCUGCUUAUAGAUUCAUAUCUUAUAUUAAUAACUCUCUGGGGCUUUGCCUGCCCCCCAUCCCCCCACUCCGUGGCCAUCACGAGGCCAGCAAGGGUGCAACUCCCCGCACGAUCUCCACUGCAGGUAAGUGUCACCUGCUCAUGGCCUUCCCCCCACCCCGAGGAAUCCCCUCUUCCCGAUGCGCACGAGUAACCCUGUGCUUCUGCCCAAGGAGACUAGAAGUGUGAGCACUGGAAGAUAUUCCCCCUCAGGGGAUCAUGGAGCCGCUCUGGGGAGAGCAUCUCGGCUCCAAGUUCCCUCCCUGGCAGCAUCUCCAAGAUAGGGCUGAGAGAGAUUCAUGCCUGCAACCUUGGAGAAGCUGCUGCCAGUCUGUGAAGACAAUACUGAGCUCGAUAGACCAAUGGUCUGACUCAGUAUAUGGCAGUUUCCUAUGUUCCUAAGUUCCUAUGUCCUCGUUGCCAGCACUGGAGCCUCCCCUGCUCUUUCCGGUGCUCAUGAACGCUCUUUCCUCCUCUUACAGGGCAUCUUUCGGCGGAUUCUUGCAUGGCUGCUGCAGCCCGUCCAGUGGCUGCUCGUUUGGCUGGUGGGUCCUGGCCCCCUGGCCCAUGAAGAUGAAAGACUGGGCCACCAUCAAUGUCGGAUAACAAAAGAGUCUUGAGAGACCGUUUUCAGGCAAGAGAAGAAGAGCCCAAAUGGAGAGGUCCUGAGCAAACUCCAUCCCCAAUGGCCCCAAGAGAGAUGCCAGGCGACUUCUGCAGGACUCCUCUCUUCCUCCUCCUCCUCCUGCUUCUGCCCUGCACCGUCACAGGCACCGAGCUGGCGAUUAAUGGCAACCCAGCCAACUUCAGCCUGCCGAUGGAGCCCGGCUUAGAGGCGUCUCUCUGGUGCCAGGCACAGAACCACACCCAAGCCGAAGAGCUGCUCUGGUUGCGAGGGGACGGGGCGGUCGGCCUGCGCAACGGGAACAGAGUCAACGCCAGCAACCUCUGUAUCUCCCCCGUCAGUAUGGACAACAACGGAGUGGUCUUCACCAGCAAGCUCGCCCGGGAUGGCGCGGUCCAGAUAUCCGUGGUACUCAACGUCACGUCCCGGCCCAUCCUCAGCGGAGCAGACACUUCCUCCGUGGAAGAGGACAAGGACGCGACGCUGAACUGCCACGUGGAGGCCAACCCUCAAGCGGAGAUGACUUGGUACAAGGACAACAGCACCCUGGUCCUGGAGGGAGACCGCCACCAGGUUUCUUACACCAGGAAGCUUUUCCAGCUGACGAUCCGCAAGGCCCAGAAAUCCGACAGCGGCGCCUACACCUGUGAGGCCGUGUCUGUCCUCGGGAGCGAGAGGCGGGAUUUCCACCUGACGGUUCAAGACAGAAAACUUGCGUUCCCGACCGAAGCCAUCAUUGCCGCCGCGAUUGUGGUUUUCCUGACUCUCCUCUUCGCCAUCGUGGCCCAGCACGAGAGGAUCUUUAAGCUGAAGGAAUUCCCCUCUUGGCUCGACAUGAGAAGAAUCCUCUGUCACCGCCACAGACUGCAGAUCGCCUUCUUGAGUCAAAUGCCUCCUUGAUGUAUUUAUUCUUAUUUAAAAUGUCACCCUAUUUCCACUAUCAAACGUUUAUUGGUCAAAUGGGCUGAAUAAAGAUGAUUGAUUUAUUGA